AUGCCAGCUUCCGAUAGACUAGGUCAAACCUCGGACAUCUUGUCGCAAUCCAUCAAAAGUGUGGACCACCCUUUCAAAGUGACCGUCAUCGGGUCCGGUAACUGGGGUACCACGAUCUCUAAAGUGGUGGCCGAAAACGCCGCCUUACGUCCGCAAUUGUUUGUCAAGCGUGUGGACAUGUGGGUGUUCGAAGAGCAGAUCGACGGCCAGAAGCUUACCGACAUCAUCAACACCAAACACGAAAACGUCAAGUAUCUGCCCAACAUCGAGCUGCCCGAAAACCUGGUGGCCAACCCAGAUUUGGUGGACGCCGUCAAGGACGCGGACAUCCUGGUGUUCAACAUCCCCCACCAGUUUUUGCCCCGCAUCGCGGUGCAGCUAGAGGGUAAGAUCAAGCCCACCGCCCGUGCCAUCUCGUGUCUAAAGGGUUUCGACGUGUCCAAAGACGGUGUGCGUCUGCUCUCCACUUACAUUGAAGAAAAACUCGGAAUCACGUGCGGUGCCCUUUCCGGUGCCAACUUGGCCCCAGAAGUGGCCAAGGAAAACUGGUCCGAGACCACCGUGGCUUACGAGCUACCAAAGGACUUCAAGGGCGAGGGCAAAGACGUGGACCACGGCGUCCUCAAGGCCCUGUUCCACAGACCUUACUUCCACGUCAACGUGAUCGACGAUGUUGCCGGUAUCUCGGUUGCCGGUGCCUUGAAGAACGUUGUCGCCCUUGGUUGCGGUUUCGUCGAGGGUCUCGGCUGGGGUAACAACGCCUCUGCCGCCAUCCAGAGAGUCGGUCUAGGUGAGAUCAUCAAGUUUGGCCAGAUGUUCUUCCCACACUCGCGUGUUCAGACCUACUACCAAGAAUCUGCCGGUGUGGCCGACUUGAUCACCACCUGUUCCGGUGGUAGAAACGUCAGAGUGGCCACCGCCAUGGCCAAGACCGGAAAGUCCGCCGAAGAGUGUGAAAAAGAGUUGUUGAACGGCCAAUCCGCUCAAGGUAUCCACACCUGUAAAGAGGUGCACGAAUGGUUGGCUGCCUCCGGCAAGACCGAAGACUUCGUGCUAUUUGAAGCCGUCUACCAGAUUGUCUACGAAGGUGCCUCGAUGGAGACUUUGCCAGACAUGAUUGAGGACUUGCAAGGUGUAAACCUCAAGGACGAGAAGAAGGACGAGUAA